AUGUUCCGAAACCUGAGGUCUCUCACCUCGAACGCGGGCACGACGGUCUGUUCAGCGACUCAGUUCCUGGAGCGGAUCAAAGGGAUGAGACUUACCGAAGACGAGGUCAUGGUGUCAUUCGACGUCACUUCUCUUUUCACUUCGAUUCCGCAAGACCUGACAGUCGAAACGGUCAGCGAGCUGCUCGAGAGUCAGUACGACGAGACGGGCGUGACGAUAAAACGGAGACAUCUCGUCCAAUUGCUGCGAUUCUGCCUGAAGACGUUCUUUACCUUCGAAGGUACGACCUACGAGCAGGUCAAGGGGACGCCAAUGGGAUCGCCGCUCUCGCGCUUCAUCGCAGAGGCAGUUCUCCAAAAAGUAGAGACCCUAGUUUUCGCAGCCUAUAAGCCGAAAUUUUGGACUCGAUAUGUCGAUGAUACCUUCGUUAUCAUUAAGCGGCAAGACGUCCAAGAAUUCAAUGACGUCCUGAACUCUGUUUUCCCCGACAUCCAGUUCACAAUGGAGGCGGAAGCCAACAACCAACUGCCGUUCCUGGACGUUCUCGUCCAUCGAAAACCAAAUGGGCACUUAAAAACGACGGCAUAUAGGAAGGCCACUAAUACGCGCCAAAUCCUGAGCUUCCACAGUAAGCACCCGUUGUGCCACAAACGCAAUUGUGUGCGAACACUCUACAGAAGGGCAGAAACACACUGCAGCGAGCCGGACAACAGAAGGUCAGAACUACGCUACCUCCAGCGCCUCUUCAUGUCCAACGGGUAUCCGCGCAACUUCAUCGAACGCAGCAGACAGGCCGGACCGAGCCGACGUUUGGAAACAGAAUGGCCAAAAAUAUGGCGGGCGCUUCCAUACAUCGAUGGCGUUUCUGAGGCGGUCUCCCGUCUCUUAAGACCGCUGGGGAUCGGCAUCGUCCACUGACCGGAGUCAACAAUUCAACAUCUGGUCAUGAAACCUAAGGCCCUUCUGCCACCAGGUGAAACCACGAACAUCACCUACCGGAUCCAGUGUAACUCCUGUGAAGCCAACUACAUUGGCGAGACGGGCAAACGACUACAGACCCGUGUUGGAGAACACAUGAGAGCAGUAAGGCGAAUGGACCCUUUGUCUCUGGUGGCCGAACACUGCGCCGAUUCCGGACACACGUUGGCCUUUCAGCAUGUCAAACUUCUGGGCCGAGGAAGCGACCGCAUAGCCAGGGAAACAAUCGAGGCUUGGCACACGGGGACAACCUCCAUCAACCGUUGUGUGGCUCUUCCCGCUGCCUACCAAGCCCUUCGAGCGCAGCUCAGUAAAUAA